AUGUCUCUCGAUCAUCCUGUUCAUCCUGCCACCGUUCACUGGCCCAUUGCCUUCUUGAGCACAGCUUACGGUCUCGAUGCCCUCCAUGUCGUUCGCCCAUACCUGCCUAGCACCCUGACCAGCUACCUCCCCACCGUCGUCGAGACCACGCGCAUUGGCUAUUGGGCCCUCGGACUUGGUGUCCUCACCGCUCUCCCCGCGGCCGCCUCUGGAAUCGCCCAAGCCGCCCAGAUGGUCCAGAACCAAGGACUUUACGACCAGAGCGGAAAGCUGAAGGCAAAGUCCAAGGUCCUGAUUGCACACGCCUUGGUCAACGAUAUCGUCAUCGCCGUUUCCGCUUGGAUCUGGUACAAGAGAAGAAGCGCCUCGAGCUUGGAGUACAUCAAGGAGGGACUCAACCCCAUGGCCUAUGAGCCUCAGACUUGGAUGGUCGGCGCAAGCAUUGUGCUGGGAGCUCUGUUGAUGUUUGGCGCCAACCUUGGAGGUACUCUUGUCUACGAUUACGGUCUGGGUCUUAGCAUGGGCAAGAAGGUCAUCAAGAAGAACGAGUAA